AUGUGACGUCAGAGGAUCGUUUGCAUACUGCGCAGUAUUUAAAGUGUGAUUGACGCUGCAGUCAUCACUCUGCUCCUGCUCCAACUGGACGUACGCCUUGUAACUUAAUUUAUCUGAGCUGAAACCCAGACCAUCUGCAGACAUGUCUGACAAACCUGACGUCUCGGCAGUCGAAAGCUUCGACAAGAGCAAGCUGAAGAAGGCAGAGACUGCAGAGAAAAACACACUGCCAACCAAAGAAAUCAUCGAACAAGAGAAGGCGUCGGGACAAUGAAGACCAGUCCUGUGCACUGUACAUUCCACAAGCUUUUGCCUUUUUAUCCUGUUCCAAUAUGUUUUCCAAGUUGAGGUACAUACUAAUUGACAAAACUAUGGAUGUAAAACUCUCUGUACAGUAAGGAAGUGUGGCUUGAUGUCUGUACAGUAAGGAAGUGACUGAUGUCAGGAUGUUGCACUGGAUGCAUCCCUGGUGUAUCUAACGAGCAGAUGUGUCAUGAGGGAUCUACACUUUGCUUUGUAACCCUUCUCUGGCCAGUUGUGAAUUCUCACUUAGUGUGGUGUAACAAAAUCUGGAAUGCACAAGUUUGUUAAAUAUGCAAAAUAAAAAUGUAAACUGA